AUAAUUUCCGCCGUUUCUGUUGGCUGUUUUUUGGCGAGAAAUUUAAAAUCUUUUAAAUGGCAACAUUGCAAGAAGGACUUCGAGAUACUCAGAAUUCCAUGGCAGACCCCCCCGUGGUAUGCUUUGGCCUCUCCCUUGCAGGAGCGCCUUCCCCGGACGGAUUUCCCUCCCCGGUCACCGAGCUCACACAGUGCUUCACGGGGCUCAGUGCCUUUCAAACUGGCGACACCCCGUGUCGCCGCCUGGACCUCUCCAACAUCAGUGACGAGAGCGUGGACGCAGCCGUGCUUUUGACGUCCCCGAAAAGCGAAGACAACGCAGAUCAGCCUGUGUCACUUCCUGUGUCUAAGGACUCUCCGGCAGUCAGGAUGAGGCGCUUGAAGCAGUUUAGGCCGUUUCUGCCACGGCUGAUGUGCAGCAGCCCAAAGCGGCAGCUUGACAGACGAGCACAGCAGGAGCCCCUGAAGAGCAACAAGGAGAACGUGGCCCGUUGGGGGCAGCACCAUCGAGGCGAAGAUGCAUCCCAGGCGCCAGGCUGCGCCGAACCCUUCGCCCUCGGCAGCCCCAUCUCCCCGGCCCCCGCUCCCCUCCCGGCGGACUUCCUGGGCGACAGAGAAGCCAGCGACUUCAUGGAGGCCUUUGCGGAGCAGGAGGAGAGUUCAGUUGCGGUCGGCAUGUCCUCCAGCAUGGCCCAGCUGUUGUCCGACCCCCUGAUGAAUCAGGAAGUGGAUUUCUCCUCCGUUUCAGUUAGUCGCCAAGGAGGCCGACAUCUCUUCCGCUCCCCUUCCAUGCCCCUGCGACUCCACCGGGCAGUUCUGAAACGUCCCCCUGAGUCUCCUGCCUCCAACGUACCUCUGAAGCGCCACCGGACACUGCCCGGUUUCACCGAAGAUGAAAAGGACGCCCAGGGACGCGACCAGGCGUCGGCAGACCGCAAGAGUCGCAGGUGUCUCCUGAAGAAGACUCUGUCGCUCUGUGAGGUGGCCCAUCAUUUAGGGGGAGACAACGUCAAUGCGGAAUUCAUCGGGGACUUCAGCAAGGUGUUUGCACUGCCUACAGUUACUGGAAGACACCAGGAUUUGAAGUAUAUCACUGUUGAGACAAUGUGUGCUCUCUUAAAUGGCGAGUUCAGCAGUCUGGUGGAGUCGUUUGUUGUGGUGGAUUGCCGUUACCCCUACGAGUACCAAGGCGGUCAUAUUAAGGGAGCCCUGAACUUGCCCAAUAGCGACGAAGCCGUAGAGCAUCUCUUACGGCAGCGGCUGCGCCCCCGCUGCCCCGACAAACGGCUGGUGUUGGUGUUCCACUGCGAGUUCUCCUCCGAGAGGGCGCCCAGAACGUGCCGACUGCUGCGCAGGGACGACCGCAGCAUCAACGAGUACCCGGCCCUCUGCUACCCUGAACUCUACAUCCUCAAAGGUGGCUACAAGGAUUUCUUCCACGCGUCCAAGGAGCACUGUGAACCCCAGGCGUACUGCCCCAUGCACCAUGAGGACCACCGAGACCAGCUGCUGCAGUUCCGCUCCCACAGCCGGGCGUCCGCCGAAGAGCGCCGGCGGCGGCAGCAAGCCACGCGCCUCAUCAAGCUCUGAGCGGUUCGCCGCGGCGAGGCAUGGCGUCUCCAGAGGCCUCCUUCGCCAGCCGCUCCGCCGACUGGCUGCUGAUGCAGCCCGUCCGUCCAUGAGAUGGUAGCCUGUGUGAUCAGUGAUCUUUGAUCCUCGAAUAUGUCGCCACGUGACUCUGCUGAGAGGAUGAAUGAAGCGGAGCCCAAGGACCCAACUCUGCUACAUCAAAAUCACGCAAGAUUAACCAGAGCUUGAGUCGACUAUGAAACUGCCUGCGUCAUUAAUAUGAAAUGUAUUUCGCUUUUUGGUUUUUUUUAUUUUUUUUUUUGUGGCUCUGCACAUAAAGCCGUGAUUCUAAUUGGGGCUAAGGGGUUGGGGUGUCUGCGGCUCGCCGCCAACCACGCUCGCGAUGCCUUCUGACAGCACUGCCGACGGUUCAUUGUACGCCGUGACAGUCCCAAUCCCGGUUCUUUUUGACUGGCGCUAAGUCCCCCUCGUUAUAACCACACGUCUCAGAUGAUCAUAAAGCCCCACCAAUCAUCCGCCUCCGAUGUCCGCGCAGCUCGCGUGCGCCGAGCACCACACAGGCCGUUCUUCACUGUCACAUGGCCUCAGACGCAACAAUGGCAUCCCCCCCCCUUUAAUGCCUGAACGCAUCGGUAAUUACAGAGACGCAUCCCAGUCCGUCGACCUCCAUCACGGCAUUCCUCAGAACUUCCAUUGUGGUGAUUUAUCACCGUUUCACUACUGCUUGUCGGCUCUUUGCAUUAUGCGUUCUGUGUUUUUUUUUUUUUUCUUUUUCUUUCGCCAUUUUAGUCAGUAAGCGAGUCGCGGAAAUUCCCGCGGGUAUGAGAGUCACUUUUUUUUAAUGUACAGCCCCGUCCUGUAUUGUGGGGUCUCUAGCAUUCGAGGGCGGUGUCAUCGUUUACAAUGAAAACAAAAUGAAUUUUGCUUGAAAAGGUGUAUUUCGUGUGUUGCAUUAUGCAUAAGCUUUUAAGAAUAAAAGAAAGUAAAUUGUAAUGCUGAGGUGUACGCAUGCAUUACUGCAAGUGUGAAUAUGCAGAUUUUGGGAAUUUCUUGAGCUAACUGACAAAUUACUCAAAUACGGCAAAUUCCUGUUUGCAUAGUUAAAAAAAUGUCAAUUUUUUUGUUUUUUUGU